AGGGUUUUGAAAGAAUAUGACCUUCCACCAAUAAACUGCUAACUUCAUAAAAUCGGUGACAAGGAAGACAGAUAGUCGUUGUCUGAGUGUCGAGAUGACCUCUGAGGAUAUAGCAGCUUCUGUUGUUUUUCCACCAGCGGAGGGGAAAGUGAUAUCCACUCAGUCAGCCGGAGAUGAAGAUUCUAUGAAUGCUUUGGAUACUAAUGUUAUAAAAAGACGAACCACAGAGCUGGAAUGUGAGAAGGCUGAUACUUUACCCUGCUUAAGUAGGUUAAAAGGCCAGUAUGUCCAGAACUCUGUGACCAAGACCUUUUCACUAAUGAGUAAGGAGGAAAAUGCAGAAAACCUUGAUAAUAUUGAUGCCGUGGAAAAAAACUCUUGCAUGUCACAUUCAGUUCAGUAUUUCAACGUUAACUGCAAACUCUUAGAGAAAACGUGCAAGGCUAACCUACGUUUUAAUCAGUUUUGCAGGUCUUACAAGCCUCUGAAAGUUAGCGAACUUUGCGUGGAGCCUAGAAUUCCUGCAAUGCUGACUGAAAUUAAUUUUAAAAUGGAUAGAUCUGCAAUGGACAGGAGGGCAUUAAAGAGUCAUUUAAUAGUGGAUGAGUGCUGCACAGAUGCCAUGGGACACAUUCCAGAGUUACAGAUAAGUUAUUCCGCUGAGAAGGGCGCUUUAUAUGCCUCUAAUAACCGUUAUAUUUUGGGAAGACACUCGCAUUGCACUGACUGCUACACCACUUGCGCUUGUGAUGUGAAGGAGCCCUCUGAUGGUUGUGGUAGCAAAGAUGGUCAGUUAGUCCUCUGUUGCGAAAAUGAUUGUGUGAACGCUCAGUUGAGGUGUGGGGUGGAAAAGGCCCCAGUCUUACCCCAAAACAGCAGCAACAGGCAGACAUUGCCAUGCAACAUGCUGCUGAAACCCUCACAAAACUUUUUGGGGAAAAGUGAACACUGCUGCGAAGACGACGUAGAUAAUGAUAUUUCGAAAAACAAAAAGGACCGCUCAACGCUACUGAUCAGGAGGUUUUGUAAAAACUACAAGGAAGUGAAGAAAUCGGUGUAUACUGGAGCAAAUUCAAUUGUUAAAACAUUACCUUCAGGUCACAUUGGAAUCAAGGCUUGCACUUACAUUGAGAGAAAUCCAAAGAGCAGAAAUGAGCGCCAGUGUUUUGGGUUUGCAGAUGAGCACUCGUCACAUGUCCUCAGUACUAUCGGGAAAAGCGGUUUUCUAUACUACUUGGUGAAGAGCACGUUUUGCCAGAUCUACAAUGUAGGACAACGGGAAUUGGAUGAUGAUUAUCCUCUGUACUUGCUAGAGAAACGUUUGAUCUCGGUUCCUUGUAAGACGAUCAGUCACCGGUCUGCAGAGCAAGAUGUUUGCACUGGAUUUUGUGCAAGCCUGCACAGGACUUCAAUUUCUACCUUCCUAAGUGGCGCACUAUUAGAGGCAACUACAUCGCUGGGGGCAAGAAGUAGUCCACUUAGUCUGUUUGGCUUCUCAGCUGUAAGAACAAUGCUGAAAGAACGCCAGCUGUGUUCAGCGAUGGCUGCAUCAACCACAAUACCAGCGAAUGCAGCAGGACUGAGUAAGGAGUUGGUGGAUCUACAACACCUCAUUCAGUUCCCUGAGGAGAUUGCAAGUAUACUCACAGAACAAGAACAACGGAUUUACCGAAAUGUCUUGCCGAUUGACUACCUUUAUUUCUUGACAAAAGAUCUUGGUAGUGUUGAAUCUGAGACUUCCUUUCCGGACAUAAAAAUGUCACUGUCUGCAUCUCUGUUGAAACUGAAGAAUGGAGAAAACAACGCUGUGGAAGGACUUGUGGCAAGAUUUAAUGAGGUUAGCUCCUGGGUGACUUGGCUGAUCCUUGCCGCUGGAUCCAUGGAGGAGAAACGGGAAGCCUUCUCGCAUUUGGUUCACAUAGCAAAGUGCUGCUGGAACAUGGGGAAUUACAACGCUGUGAUGGAAUUCCUGGCAGGACUCAGGUCAAGAAAGGUGCUAAAAAUGUGGCAGUUUAUGGAUCAAUCUGAUAUUGAAACCAUGAGAAGCUUAAAAGAUGCAAUGGCUCAUCAUGAAUCAUCCUCGGAGUACAGGAAAGUGGUAAACAGGGCUUUAAAUAUUCCCGGCUGUAAAGUGGUUCCUUUUUGUGGCGUGUUCUUGAAGGAGCUCUGUGACGUUCUUGAUGGAGCGGCAAGUCUCAUUAAAUUGUGUCCACGCUUCAAUUCUCAGAAUGAGACUUUAGAGUUUGUUUCAGACUAUAACGGACAAGACAACUUUUUGCAACGGAUAGGGAAAGAUGGAUUAAACAACACAGAAAAAGAAUCCACCGUCAACAAUAUCAUGCAAACCAUUCGCAGCUGCAACCGCAGUCUGGAGUCAGAUGAGGGAGACGAUGGAUUAAGUGAAAGUUUCAGCUCGAGGAAGAACUCGUUUAUCGACAGAAAUAGAUUUCAAUUUAUCAUGGGUGACCUCUCUGACUCUGAAAAUGACAUUUUUGAGCAGUCAAAGGACUGGGACUUGCAUGGAAACGAAGAACAGCAGAAGGCAUUUAGCCAUGGCACAGAGCUUGUUCCCUGGUAUGUCUUAUCCAUUCGAGCUGAUGUCUACCAGUUUCUUCAGCAAGGAGUGACCGUCAUCCGAUACGACCAGGAAACGCACUAUUCUGUCCGUUGCUUCCUCCAGCUCCAGCCCGACAACAGCACGCUGACUUGGACAAAACCUACCACAACUAGUGUUGCGAGCACUAAAAAUAAAUUGGGUGUCCUGGGGAGCAGUGCAGAUAUUAAAUUUCAGUUCAGUGGUAAUGCUGGAAUGAAUGGACUUGCCGAAGGAUUCUUGGACUUGUUCUCGGUUAAGGCUGUUUACAUGGGACAUCCGGGCAUCGAUAUGCACACUGUGUGUGUUCAGAACAAACUCUGUAAUAUGAACCUGGAAGAAAAUGGCAUCACACUGCUUUUUGGACUCCAUACUACUGAAAACAAGCUGUUGCACUUUGUAGCUCCAAAGUACACAGCCAGAACUAUGUAUGAAGGACUGCUGGAACUAACCAAGGCAGUGAGGAAAAUAAAAGGCUUCCCUGAUCAGAGACUGCAGUGGUUACGGAAGCAGUACGUCAGUCUGUAUCAGGAAGACAACCGGUUUGAAGGACCAACAUUAGCACAAGCCGUGGAGCUUUUUGGAGGAAGACGUUGGAGUGCCAGAAAUACGAGCACAGGGACGUUAACCAAGAGCACCGAGAAACCAAACAUGCAGAGAAAUAAUACCUUGGGGAUCAGUACGGCCAAGAAAAAGAAGAAAGUGCUUAUGAGGGGGGAAAGUGGAGAUGCUGCUGAUGAUGAGAUGGCAACCCGAAAGAGUAAAAGUUGUAAGGAGAGUCGCAGUAGAAGUGGUUCAGAUCCUCCAGAGACUGAUGAGCAAGAAGGUAAAGACCACAAUACUCCGGCUGGUGUGCCUUCAUCUCAAACCCUUCCAUCUCGAAGAGCUCAUUCAGUGUCUGCAUCCGCGUCGCCCAACCUGACACCUGGAUCAUCAACACCAAUGCGUCCAGCCUCUUCUCCUGUUCUGUCCGCCUCAAACAAACCCCAGUCCAAUACAUGGAGCAGUUCAAGUUGGCAUGGAAGAAUCAAGGGUGGGAUGAAAGGCUUUCAGUCAUUCAUGGUUUCUGAUAGCAACAUGAACUUCAUUGAGUUUGUCGAACUUUUCAAAUCCUUCAGUGUGAGAAGCCGUAAGGACCUGAAGGAUCUUUUUGAUCUAUACGCCGUGGCCUGCAACAAGAUGGGGUCAGAGUCCGUUCCGCUUUACACAAACUUGUCGAUUGAUGAAAAUAUCAGUGGCGUCCAGCCGGAUUUAGAUCUUUUAACAAGGAAUGUUUCAGACCUGGGAUUAUUUAUUCGCAGUAGACAACAGCUGUCUGAAAAUCAAAGGCAGAUUUCUGAUGCAAUUGCUGCUGCAAGCAUCGUAACCAACGGCACAGGAGUGGAAAGCACAUCCCUGGGGAUAUUUGCAAUGGGAAUACAGCAGUUUAAUGAUUUCCUGGUAAACUGCCAAGGCGAGCACUAUACUUACGACGAAGUCCUCAGCAUUAUCCAGAAAUUUGAACCUGGUAUAAAUAUGCGGCAGCAGGGACUGAUGUCCUUUGAAGGGUUUGCAAGGUACCUGAUGGAUAAAGACAACUUUGCAUCCAGAAAUGAUGAGUCACAGGUGAACAUUGAUGAUCUGCAGUUCCCUCUAUCGUAUUAUUUCAUUGAAUCCUCCCACAAUACCUAUCUUACCGGCCAUCAGUUAAAAGGAGAGUCGUCGGUGGAGCUGUAUAGCCAGGUGCUUUUGCAAGGCUGCAGAAGUGUGGAAUUGGACUGCUGGGAUGGAGAUGAUGGCAUGCCCAUCAUAUACCAUGGGCACACACUUACAACUAAAAUCCCAUUUAAGGAUGUCAUUGAAGCUAUCGACCGUAGUGCAUUUAUCAGCUCAGAGAUGCCCAUAAUACUGUCUAUAGAGAACCACUGUUCAUUACCCCAGCAACGGAAAAUGGCUGACAUUUUCAAGACUGUCUUUGGUGAGAAGCUGGUAACAAAGUUUCUGUUUGAGAGUGACUUCUCUGACGAUCCCAUGCUUCCUUCUCCAUGGCAAUUAAGGAAAAAAGUACUGCUGAAAAAUAAGAAGCUCAAAGCACAUCAAACGCCUGUUGAUAUUUUAAAACAAAAGGCUCAUCAACUCGCGUACAUGCAAGCACAAGCCAACAAUGGCACUGCUGUGAUGAACACCACCAACAACGAAGAAGAAGAAGACGAAGAAGAUGAGUAUGAUUACGACUAUGAAUCUCUUUCUGAUGCUGAUGUCCUUAAUGCUUCCCCUGCUCCUAACAGCCAGGAAGAUAAUAUUCUUGAUGACCGACCUGAAUCUAAACAAUCCAAUGACAAACUUCAGUUUGAAUACAAUGAGGAAGCACCCAAGAGGAUCAAGAAGGCUGACAGUAACAGCAUCAGUAACAAGGGAAAGGUCUAUGACAUGGAACUGGAUGAAGAAUUUUAUCUUCCUCAAAACAAAAAAGAAAGCAGACAGAUCGCUCCAGAACUCUCUGACCUCAUCAUCUACUGCCAAGCUGUGAAAUUUCCUGGCCUUUCAACAUUAAAUCCGUAUGGAUCUGGCAGAGGAAAGGAAAGAAAGAGCAGGAAGUCAAUUUUUGGCAACAAUCCUGGCAGAACAAGCCCCGGGGAACCGACGACACUUGCCAAAACAUCUGGAAAAGGUACAUCCGACACCCGCCAGAGCUGGGAUGAACCGUGUUCUCCUCCGUUUAACCCUACAACCUCUCUAAGUGCGAUCAUUAGGACUCCUAGAUGCUACCACAUCUCUUCACUAAAUGAAAAUGCGGCCAAGCGUCUAUGCAGGCGAUACUCGCAAAAGUUAAUUCAGCAUACUUCAUAUCAGCUUCUACGGACAUAUCCAGCGGCUACCCGCAUUGAUUCUUCAAACCCUCAUCCUUUAAUAUUCUGGCUCCAUGGCAUACAACUAGUUGCUCUAAAUUACCAAACAGAUGAUCUUCCAAUGCAUUUGAACGCAGCCAUGUUUGAAUCUAAUGGAGGAUGUGGAUAUGUCCUAAAGCCGCCUGUAUUAUGGGAUAAGAGCUGUCCCAUGCACCAGUUGUUCUCUCCAUUAGAUAGAGACUUGGAAAGUAUGGAACCUGCAAUAUAUUCAUUAACAAUUGUAUCGGGACAGAACGUAUGUCCAAGUAACAGCACUGGCAGUCCUUGCAUUGAAAUUGAUGUCCUUGGGAUGCCGGUGGAUAGCUGCCAUUUUCGGACGAAACCCAUCCAUCGCAAUACCUUGAAUCCCAUGUGGAAUGAACAGUUCCUGUUCCGGGUUUAUUUUGAAGAUCUUGUAUUUGUUCGUUUUGCCGUAGUCGAGAACAACAGCUCUGCCAUCACUGCGCAGAGGAUUAUCCCUCUGAAGGUGCUGAAGAGAGGCUACAGACACCUGCAACUUCGUAACAUACAUAACGAGUCCUUGGAAAUCUCCACUUUGUUCAUAAACAGCAGAAGAAUGGAGGAGAUUCCCAGUGGAAGUGCACUUCCAGCCUCGUUGUUUUUCAGCUCUGAGGAAAGGAAGGUGAAUUCCGUGUUUAAAGUGACAAUACACGGAAUCCCUGGGCCAGAACCGUUCUCCGUAUUUAACAUUUCCAACGGAACCACUGCCAAGCAACUGCUCGAUCGUGUUUUGGCGACUGAAACAAUGCAAAGGCACGAGACAAACCCCGCUGAUUAUUUUCUGAUGGAGGAAAAAUGCUUCAUAUCAAAAGAGAAGAACGAGUGCAAGAAGCUCCCAUUCCAGAGAGCAAUUGGUGCAGAAGAAGACAUCCUGCAGAUUCUGAAUGGCUGGUUCCCAGAAGAAGGAUAUGUGGGAAGGAUUAUUCUUAAAACUCAAGAGGAAAACAUGAAUGACAAAAACGUUUAUCAAGAAGACAAGGAAGAAAAGGAAAUUGCUGUUAGCUCAGACGACGAGAGUUUUUUUGUCCAGGUACAUGAUGUCUCUCCUGAACAGCCGCGGACGGUUAUUAAAGCGUUACGAUUCAGUACCGCGCAGGAUGUUAUUCAGCAGGCUCUGAGCAAAGCCAAGUAUUCAUACAGUAUAUUGAACAAUCCAAAUCCUGGUGACUAUGUACUUCUGGAGGAAGUAACCAAAGAAUCUUCAAACAAGAAGUCAUCUACUGCCAAAAUAACUCAGAGGGUCCUCUCUGACCAUGAAUGUGUCUACCAAGCUCAGAGCAAAUGGAAGGGAGCUGGGAAGUUCAUUUUGAAACUAAAGGAGCAGGUCCAGGCAGCGAGAGAUGACAAGAGAAAGGGCAUUUCAAUUGCCAGUGAACUUAAGAAGCUGGCAAAGUCAAGCAGGCAGUCACGGAACUUUACGCUGUCACCUCAGAUAAUGUCACCAGAAGGUACCCAGAAUAGAGAUGAAAAACCUGCAUGCAGUGUGUCCUUCAAUGACAUCAGUGAAUAGCGACUAUAUUUGCUUGCAGCAUAAUCCGUGCAGGUUACCAUAUAAGUACCGGAUUGUUAAAAAUAAAAAUGAAAAUGGAGCGAAGGUCAUCAUCCGUUAAUAGGCACCCCAGCAUCCGCUC